GCUGUCCCUGGCUGAGACGCACACACUUUAAGGAACACAACAAGUGAACCAACGAGACCGUCUCCUUCACCUGCCAUGGGGAUCUGACCCACUUCCUUUCUGCUCAUUCUGUAUAGGCUACCUGUGAAAGGACCUUUCUAGAGCCAGGAUGAAGGUCGGGGAAACCGUGUCAGUCUUUCUGCUGCUUGUGGUCACCUCGGCUUACGGGAUACAGGGAGCGCCUCGCAUCAUCACCUUAUUAGAGACAUUGGAUGUACUGCUGGAUCACAACGCCACCUUUAUCUGUGAGGUGGAGUCCCGCCCCCGUGCUGACAUCAGUUGGACCAAGAAUAACCACCCAAUCAUGUACUAUGACCCCCGGUACAUUACCAGGGAGCAGGGACAGAUGCUAAGCAUCCCUCACGUGAGAGAGACGGACAAUGGGGAGUACUGCUGCCUCGCCACUAACGGCAUCGGAGAGGCAGCCAAGAGCUGUGGGGCUCUGCAGCUCAAGAUGAAGCCACAGAUCAAACGCCAUCCUACCAACGUAACCCUUCUGGUAGAAUCCAAAGCAGUGCUGCCCUGCGUUACCCUCGGCAACCCCAAACCGGAUGUCUCCUGGCUCAAAGAUGACGAGCUCAUCAAAGUCAGUGACCAUGUUACCAUUCUUGAUUACGGUGCAUUGAAGAUCCAUCACAUACAGAAGGAGGAUGCAGGACAGUAUCGCUGUGUGGCCAGGAACAGCUUUGGAUUGGCCUUUUCAAAGCCUGUCACUAUAGAGGUCCAGGCUCCAGCACGAAUCCUGCGGGUUCCCAAGGAGAAGCGGGUAGUGUACGGAAGCCAGAUUUCUUUGGAGUGUAACGCCACGGGGAAUCCCAUCCCCUCCAUCACCUGGCUGGAAAACGGGAACACGAUUUCGGGCGCAUCCGUGGAUGAGACUUUGACGGGCGAGGUGAUCCUGUCCGUUCUUAAAGUGACGGCGAACAAGCCGGCCCUGUACACAUGUCUGGCCUCCAACAGACACAGCGCCGGAGCCAACACCGUCAAGGCAACGGCCAGAGUCACUGUCGCAGAGUGGAGACUCUACAAGGGCGUCUCCGGCUACUGCAGUGCGUACCGCGGCGACGUGUGCCGCUCCGUCCUGCGAGACGACCUGCUGGUGUUCUUUAACUCCUCCCUCUCGGACCCCGAGGACAUGCAGGAGUACCUGGUCCAGAGCUGGUGGACGGAGCUGGAGGGCCUCAGCGCGCUGUGCAGCCCCGCGGCGCGCUCGCUGCUCUGCCACUCCUCCUUCCCCGACUGCAACCCGUCAGGGUUGGGACCAGCGCCCAAACCCGUCUGCAGAGAACACUGCCUGGCAGUGAAGGAGCUGUACUGCCAUAAGGAGUGGUUAAUGCUCGAGGGCAGUUCAGUCCAGUCUGGCUUCCUCAGCUCCUUCACCGGAUCCCACGCCUCCAGUUCCCUGCUGCCCAACUGUCAGGCCCUGCCGAGUCUUCGCACAGACCCUGACGCUUGCACACAUGUCCCUUUUGUAGACAUCAAGAAAGAUCAAAUCACUACCACGUGUUUCAGCGACAAAGGCCGUUUCUACCAAGGCAGCGCCAAUGUGACGAGGUCCGGGGUACCAUGUCAGUCAUGGAGCCAACAGGUUCCUCACCAGCAUCGCCUGUCUGUCCACGUGAUUCCAGAGUUGAAGAACUCAGACAACUACUGUCGGAACCCAGGGGGAAUCAGCGACAAGCCCUGGUGUUACACCUCAAAUCCCAACAUCCGCUGGGAGUACUGCACUGUGCCCCAGUGUGGGGAGAAAAGCAUAGAAGUGAUGAAGCCAGAGUCGCCAGGCCCUCGUCAGACCACUCGUCUUCCUCCCACAGCAUCGUCUCCGGCUUACUCUAUGUCCGUCAUCGUCAUCAUCUUGAUUGCGUUUGCAGCUGCAGUCUUCCUUAUCGUCUGCAUCCUCGCCUGCCACAGACGGAGGAAGCAGUGGAGAAACCGGAAGAGAGCGAUGGAGACCCCAACUCUGAGCGCUCUUCCAUCGGAGCUCCUGUUGGAUCGACUCCACCCCAACCCCAUGUACCAGAGGGUUCCCCUGCUGCUGAACUCAAAGCUGCUGGCCCUCGAGUAUCCCCGGAAUAAUAUCCAAUAUGUUAGGGAUAUUGGAGAAGGAGCCUUUGGACGGGUUUUCCAAGCAAGAGCACCGGGCCUGCUGCCGGUGGAGUCUUUCACGAUGGUGGCUGUGAAGAUGCUGAAGGAGGAAGCCUCAGCUGACAUGCAGAACGACUUCCAGCGGGAGGCGGCGCUAAUGGCUCAGUUUGACCACCCGAACAUCGUACGACUCCUAGGCGUGUGUGCGGUGGGCAAACCCAUGUGCCUGAUGUUCGAGUACAUGGCCCACGGCGACCUCAACGAGUUCCUGCGUCGCCGAUUGCCCUCCCAGUCGGUGCGCACGCUCAGCCGCGCCAGCCUGUCUGGCCGCAGCUUCUCUUCCGAGCUGGAGGCGGGGCUUCUCUCCUGUGCCGAGCAGCUGUCCAUCUCCAAGCAGAUCGCGGCGGGAAUGGCCUACCUGUCGGAGCGCAAGUUCGUGCACCGCGACCUCGCCACCCGGAACUGCCUGGUCGGGGAGGACAUGGUGGUGAAGAUCGCAGACUUCGGCCUCUCAAGGAACAUCUACUCAGCCGACUACUACAAAGCCAACGAGAACGACGCAAUCCCCAUCCGCUGGAUGCCCCCGGAGUCCAUAUUCUACAACCGCUACACCACCGAAUCGGACGUGUGGGCCUACGGCGUGGUGCUGUGGGAGAUCUUCUCAAACGGGAUGCAGCCGUACUACGGCAUGGGCCACGAGGAGGUCAUCUACUACGUGAGGGACGGUCACAUCCUCUGCUGCCCCGAGAACUGCCCUCUGGAGCUGUAUAACCUGAUGAGGCUUUGUUGGAGCACACACUCAUCAGAUAGGCCCAGCUUCAGCAGCAUACAUCGGAUACUGGAGCGGAUUCACCAAAGCACGCUAAGCUGCAGCGCUGACGCUGAGGCUGACUGCUAACCUGGGAGAAACAAACGUUCGCCCAUUGACUUAUGAAGUGAUUUGGUGUCUGAAAACAUAUUCUAAAUGAACCCUGGGACUUGAGCAUGAGCAUUCGUCCAAUGACUUCCAAUGAAUUACCCAAUCAGUUCUCUUUGCCCAGCUUUUUCUUUUCAGGAGACCCAAACUGGCACCUUUAUCAAAUGUUCUUGCAUCAUAAACACCUCUCAUAUUUGAGGCAUUUGCAUAUAGCUUUUGUUGGAAUCUGACUAUAUGGCUUCGACAUG